CUCGAGAACGACUUUAUUGUCUUUCGCGGUAACGAUCAUGAGGCCUCUGGCCAACUGCUCAAAGGAACAGUCGUGCUUUGCUUGUCUGCGCCAUUAAAGGUCGAGACGAUCAACUUGAAAUUGACCGGCACAAUCCACUAUGGGUAUGGGAUUCGGCCAGAGAAAGCACCAAAGUACAAGUCACUGACGCUGUUGAGUAGUUGGACCGAUCCCAGAGUAACCGCGACAGGAAUUAACCAUCACAGAAUCGAUAAGACUGUGAACUUCUACGAGCACCGAUGGCGACCAUUUGCUGGAGUCGGCGCUUCCAACCAUAUUCCGACUGGCGACACACAUCAUUCGAGGGGCACCACGCUAGGCCCUGGCAAUUACGAAUGGCCCUUUCAAGUCAUGCUCCCUGGUAAUACCACGGAGAGUGUGGAGGGCUUGCGUGAGGCCAGCAUCACUUACAGACUGAAGGCAUCAGUAGUGCGGGGCAAGUUUGCAUCCGAUUUGAGCGCUUACAAACGGCUACGCAUCAUCCGAACCCUCGAAUCCUCCGCCCUCGAGUUUCUACAUGCGAUGAGUGUGGAAAAUAUCUGGCCCAACAAGAUAGAUUACUCGAUUCUGAUCCCUCAGAAGGCGGUGGUCUUCGGCACAUGCAUCCCUCUAGAGACGAGAUUUACCCCAUUACUGAAGGGACUGGAGUUAGGCGACAUGACCGUGAAGCUGGUCGAGGUCCAUGACAUUGUGCUUCACUCGACUAGGUCGUCGGGUGCCUCUUCGGUUAAGGAAUACCGGAAAGAAAGAGAAAUCGAGACAUGGCGACUUCCCAUCACGCGCGAGGAGCAUUGGCAGGACAUGAUCAACGAUAGCGGGCAGGAGGGCUGGGUUCUCAACACUUCGCUUAACCUGCCGAAGAAACUUUCGAAAUGCUUGCAGGAUGUCAACACCAAGGGCAUCAAAGUCCGACACAAGCUGAAGUUGGUUGUGGCUUUGAAGAAUCCCGACGGUCACAUUUCGGAGCUUAGGGCGACGCUGCCGGUAACCAUUUUCAUAUCGCCAAAUAUGCCACUGGACGAGGACGGGAAUCUGGUACGACAAGUACCGGUCGGAACACCGUCCCUGCAAGUAGCCGCGAUAGCACCACCAGGCUACGGCGAGCAUGUUCUUGACCAGCUGUACGAGGAUAUGGAUCCAACCGGGCUACAGACACCAGCUGGUGGCCUGUCGGCUGUUAAUAGCCCAAUCUAUGGAAGGUCGCGCGCCAGCUCCGUGGAGAAUCUGAAUGCACUCUAUCAUGGUGCCAGCAGUCCCGUUAAUGGUGUGCCAUUCAGUGCCAACCAGCUCACUGCUAGGUUGCAGACUCAGCUUAAUCAGCACAAUCGUAAUCAGUCAUGGCCAACGAUGCGGGCUGCGGAAUCGGCACGCCACAUGCCCAGCUACGCAUCAGAACUUGAUACCGAGGAUGCCCGUACCGAUGAGCAGUCGGCGCCGCCGUCAUUACCGCUUACUCGGCACAACAGUGACGACGACGAAUCUGCAUUGCAGCACCUCGACUAUGCAGAGCUUGAGGAGCUCAGCAAGGUUCCUAGUUACCAGACAGCCGUCAAGACACCAGUCCGGCCGCUGGCGUACAAUGUUCUCCCAGACUACGAAACGGCGACGAGCGUACCGAGCACACCUCAACCAGGUUCGCCGGAACGAUCGCCGCCGUUGAGAGCUACUGAACUCACCCGGUCCGACAACUCGUUCCUGGGAAGCAUCGCCGAGGUCCCUCAAGAGUCGUCGACUCAGGAUGACGACAUGAACCCGCAGAGUCGGCCUGGGACACGCAGAACAUCACCCAUCCGCUGGCGGCAAUUGUCGGUGGGAUUGUACCCACACCACUCGCUGCACGGGGAGGGCGAUGAGCAUCGACGGCUUCACCUUCUCCGUGCCCAACGCGGCUUGGCCUAG